AAAGCUCCUGCCGUUUCUUUAUAAAUUCCCCCAUCCCAUCCCUAUUUGCUUGUUCUUUAUUCCGAUCUCAGACCCCUCUUUACUAAUCAUAACUAAUACAUUUCCUCUGCAUUCCGUUUAUUCCUGCUAGCUCUACAUUUCGCAAGUAUUUGUCCAGUGCCAUCCUAUUGUAAUCACAUCCAAAGUUAUUCCAGUCUUUUUAACUAAUACAGCAGGUAGUGUGGGUCGUCUCAGUGGAGUGGAAUCUGGAAGGUCUUGUUAUCUCUCUUCUUUGCUCCAUGGUCGUCUGAAAUUUUCUUAUUAAAAAUAUUUCAUACCCAUAUCAUUUUUAUCCAUGAAUGGUAACAAAAACCACCUCUCUCCCCUUUGCCCAAAUUCCAGUGGGAAAUUUGGGUAUGUUCUUUUCUCAAUGAUGGGCUCAGUUCCCCUUCUGGCCUUGUGUUUCUCCGUUCUUCUGAUUGGGGCUGCGGCCGCCGGCCAGAACCGCACCGGCGUGCCGUCGAAGCCGAGUGUGGUCAACAUAGGGGCUCUCUUCACCUUCAAUUCUACUAUUGGGAGGGUGGCGAAGCUGGCGAUUCAGCUCGCCGUCCAGGAUGUGAAUAGCAAUCGGAACCUUCUUGCUGGGACGAUGUUGAACAUCAUUCCACGGGACACGAAUUGCAGUGGAUUUCUUGGAAUUAUUCAAGCCUUGCAGCUGAUGGAGAAUGAUGUGGUUGCCGUAAUAGGUCCACAAUCCUCUGGAAUUGCCCAUGCCAUCUCUCAUGUUGGUAAUGAACUCCAUGUUCCUCUACUUUCAUUUGCAGCGACUGACCCCACUCUCACUUCUCUGCAAUAUCCGUAUUUCCUACGCACGGCUCAGAAUGACUAUUUCCAAAUGAAUGCAAUAGCUGACAUGAUUGGAUAUUAUGGAUGGAGAGAGGUCAUUGCCAUCUUUAUAGAUGAUGAUUAUGGGAGAGGUGGGAUCACUGCUUUAGGUGAUGCCCUUGCAAUGAAACGCUGUAAGCUCACCUACAAAGCUGCCUUCCCUCCUAAUGCUGAUAGAAGUGUAAUUAGUCAGUUGUUGAUAAAAGUGAACCAGAUGGAAUCUCGCGUUUUUGUUGUUCAUGUAAACCCCGACUCGGGGCUUACUGUUUUUUCUGUUGCACAAGAUCUUGAUAUGAUGGCCAAGGGCUAUGCAUGGAUAGCGACAGAUUGGCUUGCUUCUGUUUUGGAUUCAUCCCAACCUCCCAAUCCUGACAUAAUGGGCCCCAUACAAGGGGUCAUUGUUCUCCGCCAACAUACCCCGGCUUCCAAUCGCACACAGGCUUUUAUGUCCAGAUGGAAUAAAAUGCUUCAGAAAGGGAAUGCGACCUCAAGCUUAAACACUUAUGGGUUGUACGCAUAUGAUUCGGUUCUGUUGGCUGCCCAUGCCAUUGACCGUUUCCUUAAUGACGGACAGAAUAUUUCUUUCUCUAAUGAUCCUCGGCUGCAUGAUGCAAAUGGAAGUAGACUGAAUUUAACUGCACUCCGGUACUUUGAUGGAGGUGAUAAGUUACUUGAGAAUCUGCUGCUUACAAAUUUUACAGGGCUAACCGGCCAAGUUCAGUUUGGUUCAGAUAGGAACUUGAUCAAUCCGGCCUAUGAUAUCCUUAACGUUGGAGGGACAGGUGUCCGGAGGAUAGGAUACUGGUCUAAUUAUUCUGGUCUCUCUGCUCCUGAGACUUUGUAUGGAAAGCCACGAAAUGCUUCCACCACUAGCCAACAGCUUUAUAAUGCCAUUUGGCCUGGUGAAACCACAACAAAGCCACGUGGUUGGGGGUUAAACAAUGGGAAGCCUCUGAGGAUAGGAGUUCCAUACAGAACAAGUUAUAAAGAAUUUAUAUCAAACGACACUGGUCCUGAUAAUGUAAAGGGGUACUGUAUUGAUGUGUUUAAUGCCGCAGUUAAACUCUUGUCUUACGAUGUUACACCCUCUUUCAUUCUAUUUGGAGAUGGUCAUAAGAAUCCAAGCUACAACGAGCUUGUGCAGAAGGUUGCUGAUAAUUACUUUGAUGCAGCUGUAGGGGACAUUUCCAUUGUGACAAACAGAACAAGGAUUGUAGAUUUUACGCAGCCAUACAUUGAAUCAGGCCUCAUAAUCGUUGCACCUGUCAAAGAGAUUAACUCAAGUGCUUGGGCUUUCCUAAAACCAUUCACCGUACAGAUGUGGUGCGUUACAGGGGCUUUCUUCCUUUUUGUUGGAGCAGUUGUCUGGAUUCUUGAGCAUCGCAUAAAUUCUGAGUUUCGUGGAUCUCCAAGGAAACAACUUGUGACAAUAUUCUGGUCAGCAUCCUUGACUACUUAUGUUAUUUUUAUUGAUAAAGCAUAUACAAACGGUCAUAAAUUCAAUUGAAAGCUGCUAAACCACAUAUUUUUAAUAAAACAA